GACCUCAGCUCACCAAAGAGCUCCACAGUAACAAACCAACGACCUCAGCCUAGUCCUCCACUCCUCAACACACCACUCACAUCGACAAUGGCGACAUCGUACUCCCCCGAGCUCGCCCUCGCCCUGCGCGCUGUACACAGCGCCUCGAUCCUCACCAAGUCCGUCCUGCGCACGCUCAAAAACAACGUCUCUGCCGAAACAAAGCCCGACUCCUCCCCCGUCACAAUCGCCGACUUCGCCGCACAGGCCCUCCUCAUUGCGGCCCUGCACGCCGUCUUCCCGUCUGAUACAUUCCUCGGCGAAGAGAGCGCAGACGCGCUGCGCGAGAAUGAGGGGCUAGCAGACCGCGUGUGGGACCUUGUGCAACGACACCGAAUGAGCGACGCGCAUGGCCAGGAUGUAGAAGCUUUGACGCUGCCACGCAGCAAGGAGGACAUGUUUGAUCUGAUUGAUCGCGGGGGGAAGGCGACGAAGACAAGUGAAGGGCGGGUGUGGGUUAUGGAUCCUGUGGAUGGAACGGCGACGUUUAUGCGGGGACAGCAGUACGCUGUUUGUCUGUGUUUACUCGUCGACGGCGUGCAGAAGGUCGGCGUCAUUGGAUGUCCCAAUCUAGCUUUCGACGUGCAUGGCCCGUUGGGACAGAUGCGACUACAUGAAGACCACGUCGAUGAAGCAGGUUAUGGCGUCGUGCUAUCUGCCGUCGAGGGCCAAGGGACAUAUGUGCGCGCCAUGCACGCCGACACUCUAGGGGAAUCGCGACGCAUUGAUCUGACGCAGCUCGAGACGAGGGAAUUGGUUGCGCUCAACUUUGUUGAGAGCACGAUAGGCAAGACGUCACUCUCGCAGGCGGAACACAAAGCUGUCGCGGAGUCGCUGGGCGCGACGAACUGGCCUGGCACCGUUGUCUGGUCGCAGCAGCUCAAGUACGUUGCACUGGCGCUUGGCUCGACGGACGUGAUGAUUCGUAUCCCAAAGACAAAAGAUAGGUUUACAUGCGUGUGGGAUCACGCUGGCGGACACAUCCUGUUCCAAGAGGCCGGUGGGGCGAUCAAAGACUUCAAUGGCCAAGCGAUUGAUUUCGCGCAAGGUCGCCAUAUCACAGGGGAGAACAACUAUGGCAUGAUUGCCACGAUGCCGGCGCUUUUUGAUCAAGUCGAUCAGGCCACUAAGGACGUCCUUGCACGUCGGUCGCAGUGA